ACUGCAACAGCUGACGUUCCGUCACUACAAAACAUUUGAUAGCAACGAUAGCAAUCAUCAUCAAAGUCAAAAAAAUCUAAUCCAUGUCGGCAACAUCGAAAAUUGUUUUACUGAGUGCAACGGCAGGUACAUUAGGCAUUAUAGGCUAUGUACACUACCGACAAAACUACGACAGAGCAAAAUUACAUGAGGGAGUUUUAAGGGACAUCCAGCGACAGCAGCUGAGGAAGAUUGAAAACACUUACAACCUUCAGCAGCAAAUAGAACGAACGAAGCAAUUAAGACAACAAUUGGAACAAGACGAACAAUCCACAGCACUGUUAAAAAGCCAAUGAGAAAUGUGUACCUAAUCUAGUCGAGUUAUUAAAAAUAUUUUUUUACUAAGUUCUA